AUGCGACCCCAUCUUUGGCAAUAUAGUCUCUUCUGUUGUCUUCCACUCAAGUUUUCUGUCCAAGGGAAAGUUGUCAAUGUAACCAUUAACGAUCAAAGCCCUUCGUUGUUUUACUCUCCUGAGGAUGGAUGGAACGACAGCCUAAAACCAUGCCCAGGUUGCACUGCGCACCCUAACGCCUCGAAAGCAAUAUACGGGACAUGGCACGAUUCUACACACUAUCCGGAUGUUGGGAGCGAGCUUAGUCCAAUGCCUAAUGUAUCUGCCUUGUUUAACGGCACUGCCAUCUACGUGAUAUGUAUACUCGCCAAAACCACCACCUCACCCACCGGGAACUCAGACAUGAGUUUUUACAUUGAUGAUGACCUUGUUGGCCAGUUCAUACAAGCCACUCCCGGAGAGCCGGGCUUCGAGUACAAUGUUACCGUCUAUUCCAACUCUUCAAUUCCUGUUGGCCAGCACAGAUUUACACUUCAGAACGGACACAUCGGUGGAAACAAAUCAUUGGCCCUUUUUGAUGCCUUGGUGUAUUCGUAUGUCUAG